AUGCAGCAUACCACGAUAUCCUGGCUUCGGCUGGGGUUGAAAUAUCCCUUUUGCUGUCCUCCGCCUUUGCAUCAGUGGCUUCCUAGGUUCGGGCGAGGGCAUUUGUGUAGCUGAGAUGUGUGUCUUCGUGAAAGAACAUGUAGAGAGUCGUAUUGGCAUUCGCAUCAAGCGCAUUGCGCAUUUUUCGAAUUUUGGCCCCCUUCCAGGGACCUUGAUUUUUACCCGCUGGCACUGACGUCUUUUAAUUGGUCAGCCGGUUAGCGCCGUCGAUGCUAAUAAUAAAAACACACUCGACAUCUCAUCAUCGGAUCUUUCGCCGUGGUUGACGAUUCGUCCACAACCGCCGAAUUUUUUGUCGUCCUACUUUCAAAUAAAUAAGUCUAUAGUCUAUGCUCCGGCGACACUUCAAAACAACAAAUUACUACGCCGGCGGCACGGCUCGGCGGCCCGAGUACCGGUGGUGCUACGCCGAGCAGGUGGACCAGGCCGCUCCCCUGCCCGACAGGAGUAACGGCUGGCGCUACCUGGGCCCCCGAGAGGGACAGACCUACAGGCGCCAGGCGGUCUUCAGGACCGGGUACCGCCUUCGCCUGCCAUUCCCCCGCCUCCCCGCGGGGCCGGGGCACCGCUGGUUCAACUCGCACCAGCUCGGCGGGGAUCCCGACCUUAUAGACUUCCAGGCCUGGGCGAGGACGAUGCUGCGACGGGGCCUGGUGCACCCGCGCGACGCCGACGCCUGGCGGGCGGCCCUCGUCGACGUCCAGGGCGGCGGCCACGGACAGCUCGUGGUGUCCGCCGCGGACGAGACCUGACGAGUCAUCCUAUGCUGGGGAUCACGGGGCCGAAGGAUCGACGUCAACCAGCACGGCAUCACUGCAUCUCUCGUGAGUCUGCAGGUUCGCGCCGGUGUCUCAUCGGAGGAUCCACGCUUCAGACAGCGCAAUAUCGCAUCCUUCGGCCACCGACUCGUGAAAUGCGAUCCCUUGACCGAGUUUGGAACUACUUGGAAGGAGCGUCUCC